AUGUCGUCGUCCACCGCCCUCGUAGGCUCGCUCAUGCGACGAGGCAUGGACGCCGCAGCCUCCAAGAAGGGAUCUCCAGACGCAUACCAGAUGCCGCUAUGGGGAAUUUUGUUGAUAGGAACGACCGUUGUGUUAUUUGUCGCAGCCUCGACCAUGAUUGAAUACACCUUUGGCCGUCUUAUCCCCGCCCUCUUGAUGAUCGAAUCCCCUCCCGAAGCCAUUCGUUUCGAACCCCUCGCGACCGAAGACGAUGAUAGCAGUCCGAAGAAGACCACCCCCGAGAUUGAGGGUGUCAAGCCUACCCCGAUCACCGCGAGCUUCCGGUCAUCCAUCCGCCUGCUUAAAUCCAAGGGCGGUUUCCGAGCCCGAUUCCGUGGCAUCUCCAUCUUUAUAGUCAACGUCGUCGUUAUGCAGUGGCUGGCACAAUUCCUCUCCAUCCUGCCAUUCGUAGGGUUCUUCAUUGCGCCAGUUAUUGCUGCCGUCAUCUGCACACCACUCUCACUCGCCUGGACACACAUCGUGAUUUCAGAGCCCAGCCCAAAGACCUGGCUCCGUCGGCUACCGCCCAUGAAGACAUGGAGAAAGGUCGCACUACCAACUGCCUUGGCCGCCGUUGCAGAGCAGGUCUCCGUUCUCAUUCCUCUCUACCUCAUUCUUGGGAGCAACCUUCACCAGAGCCCUGAGCAAAUUGCACGAAUGACUCCACAUGAAGUUUCAAUGCUCAGCUUGAAGCUCUUGGGGUUCUCGGCUCUUUCUCUAGUUUUCUUUGUGGUUCUCGUCAUCCCAGCCAACGUAACUUUAACUCGCGUCCAGGCAUCUCUCCUGUCUGAUGCUGAGGAGACCAUCGUUCCCUUCGACCGCAGCUUCAACGGCAAGGUUGUCCCCGAGAUCGUUGGUGGGACCGGUGUUGUUGGCAUUUUCGACGCGUGGACAACCUUCGACUGGUCCGCUCGUCUCAGACUUUUCAAAGCAUAUGCCAAGGUGUUCGUCAUGGAGUUUGCCCUCAGUCUCCUCUUUUUCACCACCCUCGCUGUCCAACUCGCCACCAUUAUUAGCAAGGAGGACUGGAAGAAGAUCAAGAAGGGAGCGAAGAAUGGAGGUGUUCAGUUCAUGUAA